AUGGCGACUGUUGAAACAGACACCAAAGCGAUUGAUGAGACCAAAACAGAAGACGCGUCUCCAAAAAGUACUGUUCAGACAACCGUUCCACACGAUGCAAAGGCGAGUAGACAGUCUUCAAAAGAAGACUGGCCCGUGCCCGUCCUUGUCCGUAAAAAUGAUCAACCCAAGAUUGCUAAGCGCAAUCCUGUAUUAGUGGAGAGAACAAAUUUAUUGAAUAUGUCUAAACUGUGUAUAAAGGGCUUGAUAGAAUCAGCUUUAGAAGAAGGAAGAACACUGGAUAGUGAUCACCAGCCGUUACAGCAAUUCUUUGCUCUCAUGGAACAUGUUAUGGGACAUGGCUUGAAAGGGAAAAAAUCAUUUUUAGAUAAAAAGAAAGAAUUCUGGGCUCCCUUGGAGUCCCUAGAAAGGAUUAUGCCAGAAGCAUCUGAAAUUAUUGACAGUGUAAAAAAUCUUCCUGGAAUCAAGACUAAUUUAGGUAGAGGUCGUGCUUGGUUGAGACUCGCCUUAAUGCAGAAGAAACUAGCUGAUUAUUUUAAAGCACUAAUUGAAAACAAAGAUAUAUUAAGUGACUAUUACGAUGGGACUGCCUUGAUGAUGGAAGAGGAAUCGAUGGUUAUAUCUGGGUUAUUAGUUGGAUUAAAUGUCAUUGAUUGUAAUUUAUUCAUAAAAGAAGAGGAUUUGGAUAAUUACAUUCCCGUUAUUGACUUUAGUACAUAUUUGAAAGAUGGAAAUUAUCUUGAAAAGCCGGAUGGAAUUUCUGGAGAUACGGCCACUGGUCAGAGUAACAUGACUGCCUUACUAGAUCAGAAGAAUUAUGUAGAAGAAUUAAACAGACAUCUUAACGCAACAGUUACUAACUUACAGGCUAGGGUUAGGGAUUUUGAAGUGGCUAACUCCAGUAUGAAAGAAGAGCUUGCAGUAGCGAAUAAUAAUGUCAUAUCAUUGCAAGCCAUUAAUGAGAAAUUAACCAAAGAAAAUGAAAUAUUACAACAAAAUUUACAGAAGAAAUUAGAAAUUGCUAAAGCUGAUAUUGAUGUUGAAAGAGAGACGUACCAGACUUCUAGACAAGGAUUAAAUGAAUUAUAUGACGAAACUAGAAAGUCUCUUGAACAAGAAACUACAAUUAGGCUGGAUGUUGAAAAAGAACUAGAAUUACAGAUAUCAAUGAAACAAGAAAUGGAAAUGGCAAUGAGGCUCCUAGAAAAAGAUAUUCAUGAAAAGCAAGAUACAGUAGUAUCCUUGAGAAAACAAUUAGAAGAUAUCAAAUCAAUCAACAUCGAUUUGUACAACAAAAUGCAGCAAUUUGACGGUUCUUUGAAGCACAAAACUGAGCUGGUUGGCAAACUGGAAGAAAAAACGAAACAAAUGGCCCAUAUUAUGAAGGAAAUAGAAAGCAAAUUAAAACAAAGUGAAAAAGAACGAAUAGCGGCAGAAGAGACUGCUAGAAAGUUGGGUCAACUGCUUGCAGAAAAAGAGUCAAAACGGAUAGCAGUGGAGACAGACCUCAAAAUAGAGAGUGAGUGGAGAACAACUCUACAAACCGAUCUGAGUCGUGAACGAGAGAAUCUAACACAACUGCAGAUGGAGUUACAACAGAUGAGUGCGUUGAAAAAAGAAUAUGCAGAUUUAGAACGAGAACAUCAACAAUUAAAAGUGACAUGCGAGGAACAAGAACAAUCAUUGGCUGAGAUCGGAAGUCAUCUGAGCACAUCCAAAUUACAGAUGGAGGAUUUGAAGGAAAUGAAUUUACAGAUGAAAGAAAAAGUUUGGACUGACGAUAAAAGUGCAAGUUCUUGUAAACAAUGUGAAAAACCUUUCUCUGUAGCCAGGCGAAAGCAUCACUGUCGGCAUUGCGGUGAUAUCUACUGCAACAACUGCUCUGAUAACACUAUGCCUCUACCAUCGUCCGCUAAACCAGUACGUGUAUGCGAUACCUGCCAUACCCACCUACUUCAACGCUUCUCAGCAUCUAGCUAAGCCAAUCAC